AUGCCUCCCAAGAAAGUGGCAAGGGUCGCGGUCGAACGCACACCGGGCCCCGAGCCUGAAGCCACUGAAGCAUCAGGCAUGACAACGCACCUUCCAGCGACCAGGAAGCAGCUGCGAGGAAAGCGUGGACGCCUGAGGGAUAUGCCAAACAUGCCGAUGGACAUCCUACUAGAGGUAAUACCGAUACCCUCCAAGGGAUUGACGCCGCAAUUGCGGCCUGGCUCAGAGGGACGCUUUAUAUUCUCGCACCUGCUGCCUCUAGACCUGCUGAAUCUGGCGCGCACUUCGAAACCAUUCCGGGCGCUCCUCAUGGCUCGCAGCUCCGCUGGUCUCUGGAAGGCGUCCCGCCGGCUCGUCGAGGGACUCCCGGAGUGCCCUGCACAUCUCAGCGAGCCUGCGUAUGCGAACCUCGUCUUCUGUUCUCAUUGUCAUAGCUGCCUAAAGCCCAUCACUCAGAGCAUGUUAUGGGUAUUUGGAGUUCGAUAUUGUAGCUCCUGCAAGAAGUCUCUCACGGUAUCACUUUACGACGACAAUGCACGAGCGGAGUUCAUUUCCGAUCACUUCGGCGCUGUAUAUCCCCUACUCAACAAGACAGAUUUACCCGGCAAGAAGCAUACCUUCUAUCAUGUCCCGCAAGUAGACGAGGUCAAGAAGGCGUGGGACGAGCUAGGCGCCGACCAGGACAAAUGGUCACAAUAUGAACAGGAGCAACGGCAGAGAGUGAAAGAGAUAGAAAAGGCAGCGGCGUUUGCAAUUCAUUGUGUCGAAGUUGCGCGACAUGGGUUGGGAGAAGAGUUGGACAAGCUCCCUAAUGAUAUGCACCCUCUCGCCGACCACACACAUGUUCGCCCGGCAAAGGAGAUCACCGAGCGUGCCUGGGAAAGGAUCCGCGACGAUCUUUCGAGCUAUAUGCAGUACAUCCAAGACAUUCGGCUGGCACGAGAACGGUCGGCAGUAACCGGAAAACGCCUUGAGUUGCUAUCCAAUCUCAUGAACACUCUGCGCAACCGUGACCUCUUCGGGCGAGGUUCGCACAUGGAGUUGCAUCCGAAAUUUCCCGACUAUGCUCUGAUGCCCGAGUUUCGCGAGCUCGUCGAGGUUCCGUCUGACAGACAGAUAGAGACCGAGGAGCUGAUGGAGUUAUGCCAUCUGUUGCCAACCUUGCGCGCGCGAUGGUUGUUGCAGCGAAUGCGGCUCCUCGGCAAGAUGCUCGCGACGGCCUUAGGACUUGCGCUGCCGGAGGGAAUAGAUGCGGAAGGUGCCGGUGAAGAUUCGACCAACAUCCCGUAUGAUAUGUUCGAUCUCGCCGUGGCGGUGUUCGAAUGCAGACAUUGCUGUGAACGCAUGACCGUGGUCAAUACGAUCUCCCAUCGGUGUGCUCGCAGCAGAAUCAUAAGCUGGUUCCUUCAACCCAACGAUGAUCAGCCGGACGCGGACGACUGCUACCUGCACCAGGUGCGGACCGUCUCGCCAGCGAACGAUACGUAUGUGUGGGAGAAUCCGGAGACUGUGACGGCGGAGGAGAUGCUUGACUUGGACGUACGGCUGGUUGUCAAAGAUAUACUUGUCGAGGGAAGGAGGAAAGUGAUGACGUGGGCCGCUGCGGUGUACGCUGGCCAAGUCGAUGACACAGUUCGCGAGAGCGAUUGGCAGUUUGAAAUCCUCUCCGAGGAGGAUAAAUCUCAAGUUGCCGAGCUCGAAUUGAAGGCAGAAGCGAUAGAGGCUAUCAUGCCAGCUGUCUUGGAGUCUGACGCGGACUACUGGUGCUGCGCCUUAUGCGAUGAGAUGGUGGGCACUUGCACGUAUCCAGCGAUUUUGGACCAUAUGGUGUUCGAGCAUGAUAAAUGGGAAGAGGAUCUAGACGAGUGCGCGUUCUUGCAUCCGGACAUAUUCUCGCACCUGCUGCCUGCAGAUCUACUGAACCUGGCGCGCACCUCGAAACCGUUUCGAACGUUGCUCAUGACUCGCAGUUCUGCUACUCUCUGGAAGAUCUCUCGGCGGCUCGUUGAUGGUCUGCCCGAUUGCCCAGUACAUCUCAGUGAGCCUGCAUAUGCCAAUCUUAUCUUCUCUCCUUACUGUCACAACUGCAUGAAGCCAAACACCCAGAGCAUUACAUGGGAGUUUUUGAUCCGGUAUUGUAGCUCGUGUAAGAAGUCGAUGUGGGAUGGUGAAGUUUCUGGAUCGCAAUCCGCACGCGAGGUUUCCUCGACGACGCAAUCAUUCCUCUCGCUGUCUCUCACCCUCCUCCAGACAGAGAUAAGAGGCAAAGUCUUCUAUCAUGUCCGACAGAUAGAACAAGUCAAGCAGAAGUGGGAUGAAUCGCACGCAAAUGAGGAUAAGUGGUCUCAGUAUGUGCGGGAGCAACGGCAAAGAGUGCAAGCCAUACAAGAUCUUGCUCAAGCGUGCACCUUGUGGGCCACCAAACGAGCCAAUAUCAGAGCGCAGGAGCUGGACCAAAUUAGACAGAGACGUUUGGAAUUCAUUGUAUCGAAGUUGCGCGACAUGGGCUGGGGAGAAGAGCUCGACAUGCUUCCUAGCGACAUGCUUCCUCUCGCCGACCAUGCACAUGUCCGGCUGUCGAAGGAUAUCACCGAGCGUGGCUGGGAAAAGAUUCGCGAUGAAGUCGCAAGCGUCAUGCAGCAUAACAAGGACCUCCGAAUGGCACGGGAACGAUCUGCAGUACUUCGUGAGCGCCUGCAAACCCUCGCGUCCGUCAUUUCCGCUACACGGGACGUGUUCGGGCGAAGCCCAGCCACGGAGUCUUGCCCGAAAUUUCCUGACUACGCACUCAUGCCUCAGUUUCGGGCGCUCGUCGAGGCCCCAAAUGAAGAGCGCAUUGAUGAGGAAGCAUUCAAGGAUUUGCGCACGGCGCUGCCCACGCUGGACGCGCGAUGGAAGGCAGAGCAGGUAUCGUUGCUACAGAACAUGCUGGCGAAGGCAUUGGGUCGCAUACCGGAAGGGGGCAGUGCCGAGGUUGAGGGCCAAGGGGACCCGUUGGACCAUCCAUACGCGGAUUUGUUCCACCUGGCCAUGGCCGUGUUUGAGUGUCAGCGAUGCUUUACCGCAUGCCCGGGAUCAGCACUUUAUCCCACCGUUGUGCACGCGAUCCGGGCCUAUACUGGUUCAUGGACGAUCCCUUUGAUGAAGACGGUCAACCUGUGGAUAUGUUCUCGCGCGAGGUGCGGCGUAUCGCGCGUGGAGUGGCUAGAUGGGACAUUAGCUGCUUCAGCGUGCCCGACCUUGAACCGCUAA